GUCAACUGUCUCUGUCUCCCUCACGCCAGUCUCAAAACAACAGCAACAUGUCGGCGACAACGCAAGAGAUCCCUGCCGACCUGUAUUCGUCCUUGGAGAAGCACAAUGCGGCUUUCACCCAGCUGCUCUCGCUCAUUCCCGCCCAGUACUAUAUUGCGCUUGCCCCGGAGGAGGCCGACAGCAAGUGGAUGAUCAACAAGAAGAGAAAGACUGGAGAGGAGCUCAAGGAAAGUAAGAAGAAGUCCAAGCACGCCAAGCUUGACCCUGCCAACAACCGUACCACCGUCGAAAUCCUCGCCCAAGAGGUCUGGGCGGCGCCGCCCCUUGCCGCCCCCGCCCCCGCCUCACCCCCCUUCCCCCUUCCGCCUCUAUCUCCGAACUGA